GCUACGCAUCCAAUCCCCCUCCCCUUUCUUCUCCAUACCUCAUCACUUCACACAAACGCGCUCUCUCUCUCUCUCUCUACAAUGUCUUAUGUGCCUCCGCAUCUGAGGAACUCGAUCGCCACCAAAACCACCACAACCUCUUCAACUACAACCCUAGAACCUUCUACUACUACUCCUACUACUACUGAUCAUUAUCACAAGUUCAACUCUCAUUCCUCCACCGCCAACGGCAACGUCAACAACUACUCAACCUCCUCCUUCUCCAAUGCAGCUCGCCGGAGCUCCGUUCCCGACCACGUCCUCCCCCACUGGAAGCCCUCCGAACGCGUUCUCCGUCUCACUCCUGAACAGAUUGAAGAGGUCCGGCUACGGCUUAACGUUGAUGUUGAUGUAGCUUCAGAAUCCUCUCCUGCACCAGCACCAAUUGAAUCCUUUACAGACAUGUGCUUGCACCCAAGCAUCAUGAAGGAUAUUGCCUUUCAUGAAUACAGUACGCCCACUUCUAUUCAGGCUCAAGCCAUGCCGGUUGCUCUAAGUGGAAGGGAUCUUAUGGGUUGUGCAGAAACUGGUAGUGGAAAAACUGCUGCAUUCACCAUUCCGAUGAUACAGCAUUGCUUAGUUCAACCUCCUAUUCACCGUGGUGACGGGCCUUUGGCAUUGGUAUUGGCUCCAACGAGAGAACUUGCCCAACAAAUAGAGAAAGAGGUCAAAGCUUUUAGUAGAUCUCUGGAGUCCUUCAGAACUGCAAUAGUUGUGGGUGGAACAAACAUUGCUGAGCAGAGGUCUGAGCUACGAGCAGGAGUGAAUAUAGUGGUUGCUACUCCCGGAAGAUUUAUUGACCACUUACAGCAAGGAAACACUUCUCUAUCUAGAGUUUCAUUUGUUGUUUUGGACGAAGCUGAUAGAAUGCUUGAUAUGGGCUUUGAACCACAGAUAAGAGAAGUGAUGUGGAAUCUUCCAGAAAAGCAUCAAACUUUGCUGUUUAGUGCAACAAUGCCUACGGAGAUUGAAGCACUUGCACAGGAAUACCUGACUAAUCCAGUGCGAGUAAAGGUGGGAAAGGUGAGCAGCCCAACAGCAAAUGUAGCCCAAAUUUUGGUGAAGGUUUCAGAAAAUGAGAAGCUUGACCAGCUUCUAGCGCUGCUUGUUGAGGAAUCCACUCAGGCUGAAAGAUCUGGCCACCCAUUUCCUUUGACCAUUGUUUUUGUGGAGAGGAAGACUAGGUGCGAUGAAGUUGCAGAGGCGUUGAUAGCUCAAGGUUUGCAUGCAGUUGUUCUUCAUGGGGGCCGCAGUCAAAGUGAAAGAGAGGCAGCUCUUCACGAUUUUAGGGUUGGCUCUACAAACAUCCUGGUUGCCACUGACGUUGCAUCUCGUGGAUUGGAUGUCACUGGAGUUGCUCAUGUUGUGAAUCUUGAUCUUCCGAAGACCAUGGAAGACUAUGUACACCGAAUCGGAAGGACAGGGCGUGCAGGAUCAACAGGCCAAGCUACUUCAUUUUGUACUGAUCGUGACAUGUUCCUUGUGGCACAAAUAAAAAAAGCAAUUGCAGAUGUGGAGUCUGGUAAUACUGUGGCCUUCGCAACCGGCAAGGUUGCUAGAAGGAAGGAGAGAGAAGCAGCCACUGCACAGAAAGAGGCAAGGACUGCACUGUCCAAACUCUCAUUGGUGGGGCCCACGUCAAUCAACGUAGAGGACAAGUAUAGAUACAUGAUAGCUCCAUCAAUGAUCAAGACCGAAGGUGCAGCAGAUGGUGCUUGGGAUGAUUGAUGAAGUUCUACUUUUGCUGCGGUAAAGUGGCAUGCUCAGAGUAAAGGCCCCAAUAAUCCGAGGUGUGCAUCGCUUGUGACUUUGGGGGCUUGACGUGCAAAACGUGCUGCAGGAGGACGUGCUUGUAAGUUUACAUUCCACUAUUGUUGAUACUCCACCAUUUACAAGGACCAGUUAACAUGAUGUUUUUUUUUGCCUUUUUUCUUGAAGGCUUGUAGGAUUGUCUUACAGUAUUGUAGCUGGACAUAUAUCUUGAAAAAUGAAGCUAAUUUUCUGAAGAAUUCUUUUUGUAUGAAA